AAGCUGAAAGAAGGAAGUCUGAUACAGAAGCCCAAAUAGAAGGAAAGAAAUGUUGUGUUUCUUUUGAGAAAGGACUCAUAGAGCAACAUUAUUUGAGGAUUUACUGAUGUAUUUACAUAGACCUUUCUGAUAAAGCUUACUCUUUCCUUCUCCUUUAAACCCUACUCAGUCACAGCAUCCUCCAGCUUUCUGAACUUUGACUAACAUAUGGGCACAACUUUUGCUGAGGGUUUCCUUGUCCUUUAAGUUGGAGGUAAGAAGGGUUGGCACUUGUGUUAGCGCAAGGUGUUAGUUUCAGGUCUUGGGAAAUCACUGUUGAUCUCUCAUCUGCACUGGCAAACAGGGGAAGGGGGUUAAAGCUCUCACAGAUUUGUUUCAUGAUAUUUGUGUGUGCUAAGGUUGUAUGUUUAGAAGACCAAAAUCUUUCCUAUGCCUUUAUUUUUAGGUGGAUUGUAGAUAUGGGAGGAGCGCCUGGUACAUUAUAUGAAGGAGAGAAAUUCCAGCUUAAGUUCAGCAGUCGAUAUCCUUUUGAUUCCCCUCAGGUUAUGUUUACUGGUGACAACGUCCCUGUUCAUCCUCAUGUGUAUAGCAAUGGCCAUAUAUGUUUAUCAAUAUUAACCGAAGAUUGGUCCCCAGCCCUGUCUGUUCAGUCUGUCUGUCUUAGCAUUAUCAGCAUGCUUUCCAGCUGCAAAGAAAAGAGGAGACCUCCAGACAAUUCCUUUUAUGUAAGAACCUGCAACAAAAAUCCAAAGAAAACCAAAUGGUGGUAUCAUGAUGACACCUGUUGAUGCCACUGUUGCAGUUCCUUAGCAGAAGAUAGUCCUACUGAGUAAACGAGCACUUUGAUCCUUCAAGUCUUUGAACUUAAAUAUUUGACUAGGGGUGAUUCAAAAACAAUGAAGACAACCGUACUUCCUUUUAACUGCAUUUUUACAAGUGUGCAUUGCGAGCGCAUGUUGAUAGCUGCUUCAGCCCCAUGCAGCGGACAUGCUCUGUAGUCAUACUGGAUUAAUGCAGGCGUCACAAUGAAAAUUCCAUUUUUUUCUCUCAUGCUUUUCAAGAUUUCACAGGUCCUCAUGUAUUGUGCAAUAACGAUGAUAAAUGCAUGAUAGGGUCUCAUGUAGAUGUUUACCAAAAGCUUGGGAAAUGGAGAACCCCCUUCGUUCGUUGCAUUGCCACCCAUGAUAUCGGGAUACACUGCACUGUGAUUAUGGCGGCACAUGCUUUACUGACGACCGUUAAACAGGAUCUUUGGAUAUUUAUUAAAAUGUUUCCUUUAUGUCUGUUUGACAGAUGUUUUCCGGUGAUUGUAAUGAGCAGGUACUAUAUCUCAUGCCUAUGUGAGAAUAUAAAAAUGUUGUAAAUAGCUAUUGAUAGAGCUAGCGUAUAGAGAAUGAGAAAUGGUAGGGGUUAAAGGAAUUGUUCAGUAUAAAAAUAAAAACUUGGUAAAUAGGCUGUGCAAAAUAAAUAAAUUUCUAAUGUAGUUAGCCAAAAAUGUAAUGUAUAAUGGCUGGGGUGACUGAUGUAUAACGGAACAGUACUUCCUGCUUUACAGCUCUCUUGCUUUCCACUGAUUGGUUACCAGUCAGUAACCAAUCAG